AUGUGUGAUCAUACGACUCCAUUCUGGAACAAGACCGCAAAGAAAUGCCAAGAGUGCACGGAGGCAGAUCCCGUUUACAACGCAACCACCAGGACUUGCCAGCCAUGCGACCAUACAACUCCAUUCUGGAACAAAACAGCUAAAAAGUGCGAAGAAUGCAAGGAAACUGAUCCAGUCUACAACGCCACCACAAAGAUUGCCAACCAUGCGACAAGUCUACUCCUCACUGGAACAAGACCACCAAGAAAUGCGAGGAAUGCAGUGAUAUUGACCCUGUCUACAACGCCACCACCAGGACUUGCCAGCCUUGCGAUAAGUCUACGCCCUUCUGGAACAAGACUGCCAAGAAGUACUUCCAAAGAGUGCGAAGAAUGCGAGGACCCAACGCCAGUCUACAACGCCACCACAAAGACAUGCCAGCCAUGUGACAAGUCAGCUCCUCACUGGGAUGAAGUGCUGAAGAAGUGCCAAGAAUGCAAGGAACCGACUCCUGUCUAUAAUGCUACUUCCGAAACAUGCCACCCUUGCGACAACUCAACUCCUCACUGGAACAAGGCCUUGAAGAAGUGCGAAGAAUGUGGUGAAGCAGAUCCCAUUUUCAACGCUACAUCAAGAGCCUGCCAGCCAUGCGACAAGUCUUCUCCUUUCUGGAACAAGACCGCAAAGAAAUGCCAAGAGUGCACCGAGGCAGAUCCCGUUUACAACGCAACCACCAGGACUUGCCAGCCAUGCGACCAUACAACUCCAUUCUGGAACAAAACAGCUAAAAAGUGCGAAGAAUGCAAGGAAACUGAUCCAGUCUACAACGCCACCACAAAGACUUGCCAACCAUGCGACAAGUCUACUCCUCACUGGAACAAGACCACCAAGAAAUGCGAGGAAUGCAGUGAUAUUGACCCUGUCUACAACGCCACCACCAGGACUUGCCAGCCUUGCGAUAAGUCUACGCCCUUCUGGAACAAGACUGCCAAGAAGACAUGCCAGCCAUGUGAUAAGGAAUCACCCUUCUGGAACAAGACUUCCAAAGAGUGCGAAGAAUGCGAGGACCCAACGCCAGUCUACAACGCCACCACAAAGACAUGCCAGCCAUGUGACAAGUCAGCUCCUCACUGGGAUGAAGUGCUGAAGAAGUGCCAAGAAUGCAAGGAACCGACUCCUGUCUAUAAUGCUACUUCCGAAACAUGCCACCCUUGCGACAACUCAACUCCUCACUGGAACAAGGCCUUGAAGAAGUGCGAAGAAUGUGGUGAAGCAGAUCCCAUUUUCAACGCUACAUCAAGAGCCUGCCAGCCAUGCGACAAGUCUUCUCCUUUCUGGAACAAGACCGCAAAGAAAUGCCAAGAGUGCACCGAGGCAGAUCCCGUUUACAACGCAACCACCAGGACUUGCCAGCCAUGCGACCAUACAACUCCAUUCUGGAACAAAACAGCUAAAAAGUGCGAAGAAUGCAAGGAAACUGAUCCAGUCUACAACGCCACCACAAAGACUUGCCAACCAUGCGACAAGUCUACUCCUCACUGGAACAAGACCACCAAGAAAUGCGAGGAAUGCAGUGAUAUUGACCCUGUCUACAACGCCACCACCAGGACUUGCCAGCCUUGCGAUAAGUCUACGCCCUUCUGGAACAAGACUGCCAAGAAGACAUGCCAACCAUGUGAUAAGGAAUCACCCUUCUGGAACAAGACUUCCAAAGAGUGCGAAGAAUGCGAGGACCCAACGCCAGUCUACAACGCCACCACAAAGACAUGCCAGCCAUGUGACAAGUCAGCUCCUCACUGGGAUGAAGUGCUGAAGAAGUGCCAAGAAUGCAAGGAACCGACUCCUGUCUAUAAUGCUACUUCCGAAACAUGCCACCCUUGCGACAACUCAACUCCUCACUGGAACAAGGCCUUGAAGAAGUGCGAAGAAUGUGGUGAAGCAGAUCCCAUUUUCAACGCUACAUCAAGAGCCUGCCAGCCAUGCGACAAGUCUUCUCCUUUCUGGAACAAGACCGCAAAGAAAUGCCAAGAGUGCACCGAGGCAGAUCCCGUUUACAACGCAACCACCAGGACUUGCCAGCCAUGCGACCAUACAACUCCAUUCUGGAACAAAACAGCUAAAAAGUGCGAAGAAUGCAAGGAAACUGAUCCAGUCUACAACGCCACCACAAAGAUUGCCAACCAUGCGACAAGUCUACUCCUCACUGGAACAAGACCACCAAGAAAUGCGAGGAAUGCAGUGAUAUUGACCCUGUCUACAACGCCACCACCAGGACUUGCCAGCCUUGCGAUAAGUCUACGCCCUUCUGGAACAAGACUGCCAAGAAGUGUUAGUGAAGCCUCACCCGCUUACAACGCUACUACAAGGACAUGCCAACCAUGUGAUAAGGAAUCACCCUUCUGGAACAAGACUUCCAAAGAGUGCGAAGAAUGCGAGGACCCAACGCCAGUCUACAACGCCACCACAAAGACAUGCCAGCCAUGUGACAAGUCAGCUCCUCACUGGGAUGAAGUGCUGAAGAAGUGCCAAGAAUGCAAGGAACCGACUCCUGUCUAUAAUGCUACUUCCGAAACAUGCCACCCUUGCGACAACUCAACUCCUCACUGGAACAAGGCCUUGAAGAAGUGCGAAGAAUGUGGUGAAGCAGAUCCCAUUUUCAACGCUACAUCAAGAGCCUGCCAGCCAUGCGACAAGUCUUCUCCUUUCUGGAACAAGACCGCAAAGAAAUGCCAAGAGUGCACCGAGGCAGAUCCCGUUUACAACGCAACCACCAGGACUUGCCAGCCAUGCGACCAUACAACUCCAUUCUGGAACAAAACAGCUAAAAAGUGCGAAGAAUGCAAGGAAACUGAUCCAGUCUACAACGCCACCACAAAGACUUGCCAACCAUGCGACAAGUCUACUCCUCACUGGAACAAGGCCACCAAGAAAUGCGAGGAAUGCAGUGAUAUUGACCCUGUCUACAACGCCACCACCAGGACUUGCCAGCCUUGCGAUAAGUCUACGCCCUUCUGGAACAAGACUGCCAAGAAGACAUGCCAACCAUGUGAUAAGGAAUCACCCUUCUGGAACAAGACUUCCAAAGAGUGCGAAGAAUGCGAGGACCCAACGCCAGUCUACAACGCCACCACAAAGACAUGCCAGCCAUGUGACAAGUCAGCUCCUCACUGGGAUGAAGUGCUGAAGAAGUGCCAAGAAUGCAAGGAACCGACUCCUGUCUAUAAUGCUACUUCCGAAACAUGCCACCCUUGCGACAACUCAACUCCUCACUGGAACAAGGCCUUGAAGAAGUGCGAAGAAUGUGGUGAAGCAGAUCCCAUUUUCAACGCUACAUCAAGAGCCUGCCAGCCAUGCGACAAGUCUUCUCCUUUCUGGAACAAGACCGCAAAGAAAUGCCAAGAGUGCACCGAGGCAGAUCCCGUUUACAACGCAACCACCAGGACUUGCCAGCCAUGCGACCAUACAACUCCAUUCUGGAACAAAACAGCUAAAAAGUGCGAAGAAUGCAAGGAAACUGAUCCAGUCUACAACGCCACCACAAAGACUUGCCACCAUGCGACAAGUCUACUCCUCACUGGAACAAGGCCACCAAGAAAUGCGAGGAAUGCAGUGAUAUUGACCCUGUCUACAACGCCACCACCAGGACUUGCCAGCCUUGCGAUAAGUCUACGCCCUUCUGGAACAAGACUGCCAAGAAGUACUUCCAAAGAGUGCGAAGAAUGCGAGGACCCAACGCCAGUCUACAACGCCACCACAAAGACAUGCCAGCCAUGUGACAAGUCAGCUCCUCACUGGGAUGAAGUGCUGAAGAAGUGCCAAGAAUGCAAGGAACCGACUCCUGUCUAUAAUGCUACUUCCGAAACAUGCCACCCUUGCGACAACUCAACUCCUCACUGGAACAAGGCCUUGAAGAAGUGCGAAGAAUGUGGUGAAGCAGAUCCCAUUUUCAACGCUACAUCAAGAGCCUGCCAGCCAUGCGACAAGUCUUCUCCUUUCUGGAACAAGACCGCAAAGAAAUGCCAAGAGUGCACCGAGGCAGAUCCCGUUUACAACGCAACCACCAGGACUUGCCAGCCAUGCGACCAUACAACUCCAUUCUGGAACAAAACAGCUAAAAAGUGCGAAGAAUGCAAGGAAACUGAUCCAGUCUACAACGCCACCACAAAGACUUGCCAACCAUGCGACAAGUCUACUCCUCACUGGAACAAGGCCACCAAGAAAUGCGAGGAAUGCAGUGAUAUUGACCCUGAAUCACCCUUCUGGAACAAGACUUCCAAAGAGUGCGAAGAAUGCGAGGACCCAACGCCAGUCUACAACGCCACCACAAAGACAUGCCAGCCAUGUGACAAGUCAGCUCCUCACUGGGAUGAAGUGCUGAAGAAGUGCCAAGAAUGCAAGGAACCGACUCCUGUCUAUAAUGCUACUUCCGAAACAUGCCACCCUUGCGACAACUCAACUCCUCACUGGAACAAGGCCUUGAAGAAGUGCGAAGAAUGUGGUGAAGCAGAUCCCAUUUUCAACGCUACAUCAAGAGCCUGCCAGCCAUGCGACAAGUCUUCUCCUUUCUGGAACAAGACCGCAAAGAAAUGCCAAGAGUGCACCGAGGCAGAUCCCGUUUACAACGCAACCACCAGGACUUGCCAGCCAUGCGACCAUACAACUCCAUUCUGGAACAAAACAGCUAAAAAGUGCGAAGAAUGCAAGGAAACUGAUCCAGUCUACAACGCCACCACAAAGACUUGCCACCAUGCGACAAGUCUACUCCUCACUGGAACAAGACCACCAAGAAAUGCGAGGAAUGCAGUGAUAUUGACCCUGUCUACAACGCCACCACCAGGACUUGCCAGCCUUGCGAUAAGUCUACGCCCUUCUGGAACAAGACUGCCAAGAAGUGUUAGGCAUGCAGUGAAGCCUCACCCGCUUACAACGCUACUACAAGGACAUGCCAACCAUGUGAUAAGGAAUCACCCUUCUGGAACAAGACUUCCAAAGAGUGCGAAGAAUGCGAGGACCCAACGCCAGUCUACAACGCCACCACAAAGACAUGCCAGCCAUGUGACAAGUCAGCUCCUCACUGGGAUGAAGUGCUGA